ACCGCUCAGAGCCACUGUGGGCUUCACGAGCAGUCCCACGAGUGUCCAAAAACGGUGUUUUUCCCUUUCCUCCCUCCCCAGAUGAAGUGAUCCGCAAGCGGCUCCUCAUCGACGGCGAUGGUGCCGGGGACGACAGGAGGAUCAACCUGCUGGUGAAGAGCUUCAUUAAGUGGUGCAACUCUGGAUCUCAGGAGGAAGGUUACAGCCAGUACCAACGAAUGCUGAGUACUUUAUCACAGUGUGAAUUUUCAAUGGGAAAAACGCUUCUCGUGUAUGAUAUGAACCUGAGAGAAAUGGAGAAUUAUGAAAAAAUCUACAAAGAUAUAGAGAAUAGUAUAGCUGCAGCGCACGAGAAGAUUUCCGAAUGCAAAAAGCAAAUCUUGCAAGCAAAAAGGAUUCGAAAAAAUCGCCAAGAAUACGAUGCAUUGGCCAAAGUCAUACAGCAUCAUCCAGAUAGGCAUGAAACACUGAAGCAGCUAGAGGCUCUGGGGAAAGAACUUCAAAAUCUUUCUCACAUUAAAGAAAAUGUUGAAGAUAAGUUGGAGCUGAGAAGAAAACAGUUCCAUGUUCUUCUAAGCACCAUCCAUGAACUUCAGCAAACCCUGGAAAAUGAUGAAAAACUUUCAGAAGCUGAAGAAUCUCAAGAAACCCAGAUGGAAACAGAGACCAAGCAGUAGAUGCACCUCACACUUAAUACAGAUUGUCCCAAUGUCUUGUCUUUGUGUUGAAACCAGCAGUAAAAGAGCAAGUGCUGAAAAAAGAGAGUUUUCCACUGUUCCUGUGAAUUUGACCAGCAUAGGAAUUCCAGUUAAUAUUUUUAUACAAAAAUACUUGUUUUGCUUGUACUCCAGAAAACAUUUUCCAGUCUGUGUAGGUAGGUACUUUGUGCUAAUCUACAAACUUUGUAAUACAAGACGGGAAAGACAGUCUUGGCCCCUAAAAGGUGAAUCUUCUGUUUGGUUCAUGUAAACUGUUUGCA